AUGAAUCGGAAAGGGAGUCAAAACUUCCAAGUGGAGACGUGCAUACCUUGGCAAGAGAGCCCAUCGCAACAGAUCGACCUCGGGUUCAAUAUAUUCUUCCUUGUUUACUUCUUUAUUAGGUUUAUUGCGGCUUCUGAUAAAGUGUGGUUUCUAUUGGAAUUGUACUCUUUUAUCGACUAUUGUACAAUUCCACCAAGUUUUGUUGCUAUUUACCUGCAAAGGAAUUGGUUAGGGUUUCGAUUUCUUCGCGCCUUACGUUUAAUGACGGUACCCGAUAUUCUGCAGUACCUCAACAUAUUGAAGACAUCGUCAUCAAUUCGUCUCACUCAACUCGUCACCAUUUUUGUUUCUGUUUGUCUUACGGGAGCGGGUGGAGUACAUUUGUUUGAAAAUUCGGGCGAUUUCUUCAAGGGUUUUAUUAACCCUCAUCGAAUAACCUAUGCGGAUUGUGUAUAUUUCUUGCUUGUGACUAUGUCUACCGUAGGUUAUGGAGACAUCUACUGUACCACACUUUGUGGCCGUAUAUUCAUGGUCUUCUUCAUCCUCGGUGGCCUUGCCAUGUUCGCUAGUUACGUGCCGGAAAUUGCCGAUCUUAUUGGGAAUCGACAGAAAUAUGGUGGAGAGUACAAAGGGGAACACGGGAAAAAACAUAUCGUAGUUUGUGGACAUAUCACCUAUGACUCGGUUAGCCACUUUCUGCAGGAUUUUCUACAUGAAGAUCGUGAUGAUGUCGAUGUGGAAGUAGUCUUCUUGCACAGGUUGGCGCAUUUUUAUACUGCUAAUAAUUUGGGUCUGGAACUUGAGCCGUUGAGAGAU